AUGGCCGCCGCCACCCGGAUCCCGCCAACCCUCCCCGAGUGCAACGAUUACGACGGCGCCAUCCUUCUGGACCUACGGUGCUACAUAGCCGACCUUCCCAACGCCACAACCGCAUCGAGUGCCACGAGCAGGAGCCUGCCGAUCCAGGUGACCUUCCGCGCUGCCCCCCCGCCGCUCCUCUCCCACUUGUGCAUCCACUGCCCCGGCCUGGGUUUGAUCUUCCGCCACUCGGUGCCCAGAGUCGUCGCAACGGACGCCGAUCUCGUGCUCCUCCGGGUCCCCAUGAACAUCAACGCGUCUCUUGAUGUACAGUCCUGGGACUACUUCGUAUACAGGCCGCGAGUCCAUCGCCUGGAUCUGCUCCCUAACCCGUACCCCAUGUGCUUCCGCGACAAUGAAGCCGCCCUGCUCAGCCGCGAAGACGGCGCCUCGUACGCCGUCGCUGCCAUCAGCAGCUGGUGCCCAGUUUACGAGGGCGACAACAAGGACUCCAUCAUUAGAUGGGACUUCCGCCUCCACCUGUACCGCUCCUCCGAUUCAGAGGGGUGGAUCACCAUGCCCAUGUCAUUGCAGGACCUUGCGAGGGACAAGCUUCUCCCGUUACCGGCUGCUGCCGACACGGAGGACGACGACCACAUGCCGCUGUACCACAAGGCAUCCAAGACGCUUGCAAUCGGCGGCAAGCGCGGCACCGUCGCCUGGGUGGACCUCUGGCGUGGCAUACUCCUCUCUGACGUGCUCGGGGAGCGACCAAUGAUGGUGUUUCAAGACAUCCCAUUGCCCAUGCCAGCAAGAGGAAACAGGGGUCGCUUCCUCCGGCAAUGUGAGCCCAACUAUAUCCGGGAUGUUGCCAUCACUCGGCACAAAGACACGAUCAAGUUCGUCGAGAUGGAAAUCUGGCCACCAAAAAAGCAGACCCAGCAGGUCAUCCCUGCUGGAUGGAAGGCCACAACAUGGAGCAUGCCAAUACCAGCAUUAACGGUUGUUGGUUCAUUCACAGCAGACUGGCAGUGUGACUGUGAAGCUCAAGUGGGAGAUGUCACCGGCGACCCACACCAUUGGAACCUGCUGUCUAAGCUGAGCGGGAGCAACAUCACGCCAACAUUGCAGAAAGUUUUCACGGCAUACCCCAUCAUCUCUACUCCUAAGAAAGCAGUUGAUGACGACGAUAUUGUCUACUUUGCUCAUAGUAACAACAUCGGGCUCCUCAAAAGAUUGGAGUUGGUGAUUGCGGUCAAUGUAAGGAACAAAACCCUGCGAGGAGUAGCUGAGAUGGAUGUCCAGAAGAAGAACUUCAUCCUCAUGCCCGUAUUCUGCACGAGUGACAUUUGCAGACAUCUGAGGAAGACUAUUGCAGUCUCAUCUCAGUAGAGCUUAAUCCAACUGAAAAUAAGCUGGCAAGCCAACUCACAAAGAAGACUAUAAACCAACUAGGGCAGUGGCGGAGCUAGCAUUUGAGAACAGGGUGGUCCGCCCUAAAGGAAAAAAAUUGAUAACAAAUACUAUGACAAAUGAUCUAACUAAUUACCCGUAUCACACAAAAAUAGAUCAAUAUGGUCUGACAAACACACUAAAUUCUCAAUUAAGUCUAAGUUUAACAUAAAUAAGCCUACAUAGUACAUACUACAUGGACCAUUGUAAGUACAUACCUUAAGU